GACGAGCAGGCGUGGUCUGAGGGGGCGGGGCCGGCGGUGGGGCCGAACGCUGCUGCUCAGUGCGGGCGGGCUCCCCACCCGGCGGCGCUAGUCGGCUGUGCCCGCGGUGCGGUUCCCAGUCGCUAGCAGUGCUCGAUCGUUCCCGGGAAGCUCGCCGAAGCUGCUGGAUUCUCAAGAGAGGAGGAGCCACUCAGAGACGAGGCUGUAGCAAUCUCACGGCCGGCGGAGGACCAUUUCUGCCAGGGACCGGGGACAAGGGCAUGUUGGGCGGCGGCAGCGACGCGGGCCUGGCCACCGCCGCGGCUCGGGGGCAGGUGGAGACGGUGCGGCAGCUCCUGGAAGCCGGCGCCGAUCCCAACGCCGUCAACCGCUUCGGGAGGCGCCCAAUCCAGGUCAUGAUGAUGGGCAGCGCCCAGGUGGCAGAGUUGCUGCUGCUCCACGGGGCAGAACCCAACUGCGCCGACCCUGCCACCCUUACCAGACCUGUGCAUGAUGCAGCGCGGGAGGGCUUCCUGGACACGCUAGUGGUGCUCCACCGGGCAGGGGCUCGGCUGGAUGUGUGUGACGCCUGGGGACGCCUGCCGGUAGACUUGGCUGAAGAGCAGGGCCACCGUGAUAUUGCGAGGUAUCUGCACGCUGCCACUGGAGAUUGAUUGCUGGUUCCCUCAGCCUCCUGCAUGGACUUUUUUUCUCCCCAGCCCCAUCUAGGAAGACUGCAAGCAUGAAGAGGAUCAGCAGCGCCCAGCCUGACGGCCUUCCAGAACUUGAACCCUACCCAGGAUGGAAAAGCCUAUCAGAAAUAACUUCCUAAGUAUUUUCUGCAGCUGGAUCUGGCCCUAGAUCCUUACCCUGAAGCCACGGGCAUCACCAAGGAGACUUAAUAUUGUAUGAAAUUUCCAGGGGCCCUCUACCUUUCAGGAAGUGGUUGCAAAAAUAUAGCGAGUCCGGAAUUUGCUUGACUUUUGGAUGGGAGGAGUCAGUACCUUCCCCUGUGAACUGAAAAUGCAGAUGAUCCUCAGGCUAGAGGGAAAACCUGGAGAGUGAAUGAAACACUGUGGUUUUGAGCACUAUUCCGUGUGGGGAUUCACCUGCUCUUCAGCAGAGGUGCGGCUGAAGUGCGACUUGUUUUUUGUUGGGUUGGUUUGUUGGUUGAUUGGUUGGGUUUUUCCUUCAUUCCUUCCUUUUCAAGGCAAUGCCGUUCCUCUGUACCUAAAGGUAGCCUCAAGUCAGGCUACCCCUGUCUUAGUCUCCUAAGUGCUGGGCUUUAGCAUGCACCCCUAGAAAUACUGCUUCUCGUGAAAGUGAAACUAACCCUCGCACACCCCUAGUGACAAAGCACACCUUGCUUUUAUCUUCAAGCUGUUUAGUUAUUUCUCUGUUCAGUGUUCCUUUAUAGUGUCUCAGGGCAACUAAUCUAGGUGUCCUGUUACAGAACAGGUCUGCUUAUCUAGUCAGUUAUCUUGGACUACUAAAAAAGGAGACUGAGUAUGAACUUACUGAAAUCAAAUGACGACUUAAGGGCUGUACUGUUGUCUACUGAACAAAUUGUGGAUGCACUCUGGGGGGGGGGAGGGUUCCAGUGUGGCUUGGUUCAUUUUGCAUUAAAACAAUUGAUACAUCGUUGUUUUAAUAAAAAAUAAACAGUAUAGGUGGACUCCAAGAUGUGAAAAAUUUGGCAUUAAAGCAUAUUUCCAGGCUGGAGAGAUGGCUCAGUUCAGUUCCAAGAACUCAUAUCAAGUGACUCACAACCACCUAUAACUCUAGUUUCAAGGAUUAAAACCUCUGCCUCUAGAGAAACCUGCAUUCUUGAUACUUGUGCAAACACACACACACACACACACACACACACACACACAAAUUAAAAAAAAAAAAACUAGAGCCUGGAGAGAUCUCCAUGGUUAAGAGCCUUUGCUGUUCUACAGAGUUCAAUUCCCAGCAACCAGAACAGGUCCAGGAUCUUAUGACCUCCACAGGCACCCAUACAUAGCAUACACUUACAUUUUCACACAAAUAUUUUAAAAGUUCAUGUAUUUUCAUGCAUUUACCACAAAAUCCCACCUGUUAAAAGACUCAAGUGUUCACUGCUUGUCCUUUGUAAUAAUAAAUUCAGAUAAUGAUUUCAAAAU